GUUGUCCACAGUCCACCAGACCAAGCCAUAGUGAAGAGACCGUUUAGAGAGCCACCAAGAGCAAUCCAGGAGCUCAUUUUUAACUUUAUAUCUCCUUUGUAUCCCCCAAUACACUUUGCUCAUUAGUAGCAUUCUGACCUCUGCAGAGAUGUCAUUAAAAAGGAUGAAAUGAACAGUGUGCUGGAAGAAUCGAAAAUAGUUAUUACAGCCUUAAAGAAGACAGACACAUUUUUAGAACACAGGAGAAAGACGUAAACCAUGACAUUGCUGGACUAAGGAAAACCUGAUACAUAAUUGUCACAAAUUGUGAUCAGUGAUACACCAGAUCAACCCUUGUAAAGAUGGAAGAACAGAAAGAAAGGAUGAUAUAGAUUUACUAAAAAUAAAUCUAACACAGGGCUUCACUUUUGCAUUUUUGCAUACUGAAGGGCAAGGCGGACCCCACCACCCCCACCAUUUUUUUUUUAUUUCGCCAAUGAAUUGUAACAGGAAUGAGGGAAAAGUGUCACGGUUUGUGUUGUUGUUUUUUUUAGCAUGACAAGGUUGCAAUAAGAAGGAUUGUGUUAUUCACAAAGGUGUGUGGAAGUAUUCUAGGAAGACACUUGGGAUGGAGUGUUAUGUUUGUCUUGCAAUUUGCUGCCUUGUUUUGUUUGACCUGUUGUCUGUGAGAGCCAGAGCUCCUAGCACAAAGUCUGGUCUGGACGAAGAAGGGCUUCGUGGGACCACCAAAAGUCUCCUAACAACAGAAACACAGAAAGCUCUAGCAGAUCGUUGCAGAGGGUACUACGAUGUAAUGGGUCAAUGGGACCCCCCAUUUAAUUGCAAUGCCAGUAGCUACUUAUACUGUUGUGGCACAUGUGGAUAUCGUUUUUGUUGUCAGUUCAAGCAUGGAAGAUUAGACCAGAAUACAUGUUCUAACUAUGAUACUCCAAAUUGGGCCAACACGGGAAAAAACCCUUCUCGGGGAGAAGACUCAGUCGAUGAUCCAAGCAAGGACAAGACUAACAUGAUCGUGUACAUCAUCUGUGGAGUAGUGGCCUUCAUGGUUCUAGUAGGAAUCUUCACUAAACUCGCUGUGGAAAAAACCCAGAGUUCUCCAAAUGAGCUAAAUAUGUCAAGAACUCUGACUGACCUACUGAAGCAACCCACCCAAGUGGAACUUCUAAGUGAUGGACAUCGAGGUAGUGUCCAGGUACAAAUAACAGAGGUUAUACCAAGAUUAUCACCACGGAACAGUAUUGAUCAUACAAAUUUUAAUAACAUGGAUUUGACAUCCCCACUGCUUCCCCAGAUUGGUCUCUCACAUACUCACAACAACCGUGCACAGCUUGUUCCUGGUGCUUCCAUGCAAGAUGAUGACUAUACGUUUUCAACCAAAAAAGUAGCUGAAAGCACAACAGAAGAUUUUUACAAGAUAUUCAAAGUCGGUGAUGCCAGUGGUGUUUCGAACAGUUGCCAGCCCGGAGGACAUCAUGUCUUGCCUAGUUCCAUUGCAUCUGACAGUUCCACUCAUAUCCCAUCCAAGUUAAACCACAAAAUUAAAGUAGCAAAAACCAAUACUCACCCUCUAUCUGGAGCUGGAUUUCAAGGAUGGGACCCAAAUUACCAUGAUAUUCGAAGACAUAUAUAUGCCAACAAAAGACAGUUCAGCAUUGAGAAGCUCCCUGAAUUGUUUAGUCAACAAGGUCAUUAUGCUAAUAAUCCCCCGUGUCAUUUUUCCAGUAACAGCAAGACUGAGGUCACUGUCUGAAAGAACUCAUCUAUCUAAGUCUACAUAUUAUUGUAAUAUUCUAGCUGUCUCAUUUUCAGGUGCAUGGGUACAGUCAAGAAAAAAAUGAAACUCAAAAUGGAAGAGGUGUAUCAGGCAUGUGCAAUCAACUUAGAUUCUGAGGAAAUACAUUCUAGUAUAUCAUUAGAAACAUUGAUCUAUAAUGAACACAAUGCAGUGAUUAUUUAAAAAGAAAAAAAAACUGUGAUUGUGUGGUUUUAUAUACUAAAAUUUAACUAUUAUCUUUCUUACCAAAUGUAAUCGACUUAACCUCCUCUAUGUUGGAUUUGGGCUUAAAAUAACAUUGAUACCUUUUCAUUACAUGGGAAAUCUAUUUGAGUAUGAUGAGUGUAAUGAAACAUUUUGUUAAUAUGGAAUUCUUGCAUUGUACUGUCACUGUCAUGACUGAGGUCUAUAUGUGCAGUUCUACAAUAUUAAUGACUGGAGCAAUGUUUGUUGGUGUUUUUGCUAUGUGUUUGUAUAUAA